AACAUAGCGUACAUAACCAUUUACCGACAGUUGAAACAAAUACCUACCAGACACUCACCGGUCCACAUUCCGGUCAAAACCCUCUCACCGGAAACUUCCACCGGCGACAAUGCCGCCAAAUCUCCGGCCACCACCGGACUCCUUCGACUACAUGCUACCAGGCCCACCGUCUCGCAGCAACGGCGGUUCCGCCGACCUCCGUUCCACCGGCCUCCUCGCCUAUGCCGCCGGCAGCAGCGUCGCAAUCGUCGACUCACACUCAAUGCAACUCGUCACCGUCAUUCCAAUCCCUCCGCCUUCCACCGGAAACUCAACAACUUCCUCAACGACGUCGUCUCUAUCUCCGUUUGUAACUGCCGUCCGCUGGUGCCCUACGCCGCUUCGCCUGGACCUCCUCUCACACGAUCCUACCUCUUCAAACUCUCACCUGCUUCUCGCCGCCGGUGACCGUCAAGGCCGGAUCUGUCUCCUCGAUCCUCGUGUGAAGUCAUCCGUACCGGUUUUCCUGCAAACAGAUCCGAAUACGAAAUUAGGUAUCCAGGACCUCUGCUGGAUCCGAUCCGGGUUAUCUGGAUCCGAUUCAUGGAUCAUCGGAUCCAUAACCGGAUCCUCACUUCUCUCACUGUUCGAAACCUCCACUGGCCGUUGCUUCUUCAAAUACGACGCCGCACCGGAGGUUUUCACGUGCAUCGCACGUGAUCCGUUUGAUUCACGCCGGAUCUGUGUUGUAGGUCUUAGAGGUUUUCUGUUAACGGUUAGAGUCCAUGGUGAUUCUGAAUCCGACGUCGUUUUGAAGGAGCUUCAGAUAUCUACUGAUGUGUCUGAGUUGAAUAAGUUGGAGAGAGAUGCGGUUGCUUCCGGUGGAACGAGUGGUUCUGGUUCAAAUUCUAAUGCUCCGGCGAUGGCGGUUUAUCCGAAUUAUGUUGUGAAAGUGGCGUUUUCGCCGCAUUGGAAGCAUAUUGUGUAUGUGUGUUUUCCUAGGGAGUUGGUUGUGUUUGAUUUGCAGUAUCGGAGUGCUUUGUUUCGUGCGGCUUUGCCACGUGGUUGCGGGAAGUUUCUUGAUGUGUUGCCGGAUCCGAGCUUGGAGGUGGUUUAUUGUGCUCAUUUUGAUGGUAGGAUCAGCGCGUGGCGGCGGAAGGAAGGAGAGCAGGUGCAUGUAAUGUGCAUGAUGGAAGAAUUGAUGCCGGCACUUGGGACACCUGUCCCUUCUCCCUCAGUGCUUGCAGUUGUCAUCUCUCGGUCAGAUUCCACCCUCCAAAAUGUUCGCAAGAGUCUCUGUGAUGGUCAUCACGACACAGAAGUUGAUACGGAUUUUGACAAUCCUUUUGAUUUUUGUGAUGAGUCUCAAGUCGUUUCUAAAACACAUUUGCUAUCGAUUUCUGAUGACGGGAAAAUAUGGAAUUGGCUUCUGACUGCUGAAGGCCCAACAGAGAAUCAGAAAGAUACGUCGGAUGUUGGAAUUGUUGCAGAUAUCAGUAAAGAUCCAGCUUUAGAUACAAAUGCUAAUGGAGUGGAUUCUUCCUUAAGUUCUGUGAAGGAUGUUAUUAAACAAACAGAUAAGGAGAAUAUUAGAAAGGGACGUUCAUCACCCUCCAAAAAGAGCCAGGAUGAUCUGGCAGUGAAGAUCAGCCUGGUUGGCCAGCUGCAUCUUCUUUCUUCAUCAGUGACUAUGUUGGCUGUACCAUCUCCUUCUUUAACUUCUACUUUGGCACGAGGGGGAAACCAUCCUGCUGUAGCAGUUCCACUUGUUGCUUUAGGAACUCAGAGUGGUUCAGUUGAAGUUAUUGACGUUUCUGCAAAUGCUGUUGCUGCAAGUUUUUCUAUUCAUGAUAGUGUUGUAAGAGGAUUAAGGUGGUUGGGAAAUUCAAGACUAGUCUCAUUCUCAUACACUCAGGGAAAUGAGAAGACUGGUGGUGGCUAUACAAAUAGGCUUGUUGUGACCAACCUUCGAACAGGCCUUAAUCGAACCUUUAGGGUUUUGCAAAAGCCAGAGCGUACGCCAAUAAGAGCUCUGCGGGCUUCAUCUUCCGGAAGGUAUCUUUUAAUAUUGUUUCGCGAUGCCCCCGUGGAGGUUUGGGCAAUGACAAAGACUCCAAUUAUGCUUAGGUCUUUAGCUCUUCCAUUUACAGUAUUGGAGUGGACUCUUCCUACUGUUCCACGACCAACGCAGAGUGGAGUAUCUAAGCAAUCUGAUGCUUCUGUGCCACCCACAGGGAUGGUAUCCCAGGCAGAGUCUAAGGCAGACGGAGCUCAAGAAGAAUUUUCAGAGAGUUUUGCAUUUGCUCUGGUUAAUGGUGCUCUUGGGGUGUUUGAAGUUCAAGGCCGUAGGAUAAGAGACUUCAAACCAAAGUGGCCUUCCACUUCACAUAUUGCUGCUGAUGGAUUAGUUCGAGCUAUGGCCUAUCGUUGGCCUCAUGUGGUCAUGGGUGACAGAUCAGGAAACAUACGGUGGUGGGAUGUUACAACUGGACAAUCAUCCUCUUUCAACACUCAUCGCGAAGGUAUUCGGAGAAUCAAGUUCUCACCUGUUGUUCCUGGAGACCGUAGCCGUGGACGUAUUGCUGUAUUAUUUAACGAUAACACAUUUGCUGUAUUUGAUCUUGAUUCACCAGAUCCAUUAGCCAACUCUCUAUUACAGCCUCAAUUUCCUGGAACACUGGUGCUGGAACUUGAUUGGUUACCUGUACGAACUGAUAAAAAUGAUCCGUUGGUUUUGUGCAUUACUGGAGCAGACAGUAGCUUUCGACUUGUUGAGGUUAACGUUGAGAAAAGAGUUGGUUAUGAGGCCCAGUCUGGAGCUAUAAAGGAGCGAUUUCGGCCAAUGCCUUUAUGUUCUCCUAUAUUACUUCCUACACCACAUGCAUUGGCACUGCGCUUGAUCUUGCAAUGUGGUGUAAAACCUUCAUGGUUUAACACAAAUAGUUCCCUUAUCAAUAAAGAAAAUUCUCAGUUAUCAAAAAGUUCAUCAGUAGGAGAUCUUCGUAGUUAUUUAAUUGAUAUACCAACUAUUGGUGAUUCAGUUGUGCCAGAAUUGCUUCUCAAGGUAUUAGAGCCUUACCGAAGAGAAGGUUGCAUACUUGAUAAUGAGAUUGUACGACAGUAUGCUGCUAUACUUAAUAAAGGUUCAGCUGCCAGAUUCUCUUUUGCAGCUGCAAUAUUUGGUGAAACCUCUGAGGCUUACUUUUGGCUGCAACUACCUCGUGCACUUAAGCACUUGAUGAACAAUCUGGCUAACAAGUCUCUACAGAAAAACCCAGUAAUAUCAUCAUCAUCAUCAGAAGCUGAUGACGUGUCCUUGCUGACUAGGAUAUCCUCCAAGGGCAAAUCUGGAACUGGGUCAAGUAAAAGUAACACAGUGAGUGAUGGUGAACUUAGAUCAAUGGCUUUUGAGCAAGAAGAAUUGUGGGAACGAGCUAAUGAGCGUAUUCCCUGGCAUGAAAAACUAGAAGAUGAAGAAGCUAUUCAAAACCGUGUGCAUGAGCUCGUGUCAAUUGGUAACUUGGAAGCCGCUGUGAGUUUGAUGCUUUCCACACCUCCAGAAAGCCCAUAUUUCUAUCCAAACGCCUUACGUGCUGUUGCUCUUUCAUCUGCUGUUUCAAGAUCCCUAAAUGAACUAGCAGUUAAGGUGGUUGCAGCAAAUAUGGUUGAGAGUGACAGGUCAUUGGCUGGUACACAUCUGCUCUGUGCUGUAGGGAGAUAUCAAGAAGCUUGUUCACAGCUACAAGAUGCGGGAUGCUGGACAGAUGCUGCAACGUUGGCAGCAACACAUUUAAAAGGAACAGAUUAUGCAAGGGUAUUACACAGAUGGGCUGAACACGUCCUUCAUGCAGAACAUAACAUCUGGAGAGCCCUGAUUUUGUACGUAGCAGCUGGUUCAUUACAAGAUGCACUGUCAGCACUCCGUGACGCUCAGCAACCCGAUACUGCUGCAAUGUUCAUCAUUGCCUUUCGGGAAAUUCAUGUUGAGUUUAUUCAAAAUCUUAAUACUAACGACGACUCGGAUUCUUUAAUCAAAGAGAAACUGCUUGUUUUGCCCGGAUUAAACCCUGAAAGUGAAGAUGUUAUUGCUAUUGGUGAAUUGUACGGACAGUUUCAACAAAAGCUAGUCCAUCUGUGCAUGGACUCUCAACCAUUUUCCGACUAAUUUUUUUUCUUAUCUACUGUUGUUAAAGCUCCAUGUAUACAAGUUGAGAUUGCUGGUGCACAUUGAUGUGUAUUUAUGUAAUUGACCAUGGUUGUGGUCUGAGAAAAAAGAGUCAAAUGGAGCUGUUUACAGAUUUUGAGAUCAUUCUAUUAAUUAUUCAACUUUACCUGUAA